GCCGCCUCCUCCGCCUCGAUUUUAAAUUUCAAAUCCCCACCACCUCCUCCUGCUUAAACCUUCGCCUCCUCCUCCUGCCUGCCACUUGGGGCGCAGUUGCUGCUCCUCCUCCUCCUCGAGGCGGAUGAAAGCUUCGCCCCGCGCCCACGGCUCGGCUUCUCGGGGGAGGGCGGCGGCGGCGGCGGCAUCGCGGUGAGGAGGAGGGGGAGGAUGAUGGGGUGGCUGCUCGGCUGCUUCCGGGUGGCCGGGUACAGCGGCGAGGGGCGACGCGAACGUGAACGCGACCAGCUGGUUUCGUCUCCCUCCGUUUCGCCGCCGGUGGACGCUCCCAAGGUCGGGGAGAGGAAGAGGCCGCCGUCCAAGAACGCGCUCUCCGCUGUAUUCUUGCGAGAAGAUGAGGGGUCGAGGGUUGAGCAUAGUACGAGCUUGGGAGCGAACGGGAUCACUGAGAGGACGAAGGUGGAUCAGGAGCACAAGAACGAGUAGGUUUGAUUUUGGUAGACAGACUGACUUUCACCGGUGUCAACAGGUCCGUUUGCUCAUACACCGUGAUGCAUUGGUGGAAACUACAAAUGAAAUCAUAAAAGGGCCAGAAAAUACUGACCAAAGUCAAACACAUUUGACAUGUCUUCCUGCCAUUUCUGAUGACUUACAAUUCAUGGAAGGGCUGAAGGCUGAGGCUUGCCAAACUCCAUCAGGGUCUCAUCAGAGCUCCAUUUUACCUGAUGCUAUGAGUUCUUCUUGGAAAGAGUGCGAUGCAUCAAACCAGAAUGAUUCUGAAGCUGUGUGCAAGAGCAUAGAAGUUGAGGUUGUGGGCAAUGAUGACAGUGCAAUCAACUGUGGGAACAAGUUAACCGCCUUAGAUUCACCGUCUUUCACAUGUAGGGAUGAUAUCAACCUGGUUGAAUCCAAAUCUUUACCCAUUUCAACUCCUUCAGAAGCGACUGCUGAGAUACAGACACCAGCUACAACUCAUGCACCUGACCAGGAAGAGCUGAGAAAUGAGAACAAUACUAGGACUUGUUCAGAGCAUACAUAUGAAGCUGUGAGUUCUGUUGAGGCCUCUGGAAGCUGUGAAAAAUUGAGACUAGAAUCCUGUCAGCCCAAUAUAUCAGAUGAGGAUUUCAAGUAUGCAAAGAAUGACAGUUUGGUUUCUGUUGAACUUUCAAUAUCUAAUGAAUGUUCCCUAUUCCAGAGUUCUGAGGGUUCAGUAUCAUCCUGUAAUAAGAGAAGAGAGAAUUCAAGCACAGAAUCUGUGGAGAAAUGUCUUAAAAGUGAGCCGCUAGUUCAUUCCAGCAGAAAGAAGGUGCUCAAAGGAAAUGAUUCUGAGGUUGAAUUCCCAAGCUUGUCACAGUGGUUAAAGCCUCCAAAUCCAAAGGUGUUCAGGGAUGAGCCCUUGACAAGUGACAGAUCUCAUUCUGCUAAGAGUUCAGAAGAAGAUAGGCCUAUUAUUGGAUUGGUCGCUGCUCACUGGAGAGACACAGAACCAGAUACUUUCACUCCUAAAUGGUGGGAUGGAAAUGGCAUUCCCAACUCAACAAACAAAUACAAAGAAGAUCAAAAGGUGAGUUGGCACGCAACACCAUUCGAGGAGAGGCUUGAGAAGGCUUUAUCUGAUGAGAAAUUGCUUUCACAAAGAAAAUGCUCUAGUGGAAACACAUCUCAGCUUUCUGGGCUGGAAGGAGAGGAAAAUGAUACUGCCGCAUCUACUUCUAACUACCUAUGUGUCGCUGCUAUUACAUGAUAUAUUCAUCCACCAAGAGGUACUUAAGCUUCUGGUAUGGUAUGGUUUUCCGCUGCCAUCUUCCUAAUUGGUGUGUUUUGCACAGUCCUGCUUCCCUCUGCUGUCCUCCAGCAGGUACUAGCCUACUAGGUAGUCCCCAGAAAUGAUGUUUCUGUCAAUUUCUUUGUAUUAAGACAAUUGUAUUUUAAGAAAAAUCAGCAUUGCUGAUUUCAAAUAUAGCUGAGGUGUGACAUUCUGAACUAUGCUGCUACUGCUGAAUCAUAUUUCUCUCCUUUUGCAGUGGUUC